AUGGCCAUUUUGACCUCCGAGGAGACAAACUAUGCUGGUAAUGUAUCUCCAAAGAGCAUACAGCAAAUAUCGGAGGUCAUGGAACAGACUUGGGCUAAUGAGACAUUCUGGCUACAGCCCUGGUUUUCGAAACACGGCUCAGCCGAUAUUGCUGAAAUUCUGCCGUUUUACUGGGUAAGAAAUGUGGGAAGGUUCUCGGCGACAAAGGUAAAGGACAAGCAGAAUUACGAUACCGAGCUUCGUGGCGCUUUCGGUAGUCAGUGA